GUAGGACGCUAGCCGGUAUUCAAUCUUCAAAUCAGCGCCGCGAGAAGUGCUGGCGGUGGCUGCCCCCCAGUCUCUGGACAACGCUGUGACUGAUCCCAGGCUUGGAGCCGGAGCUGCGAGCGAGGCAGUGAAAGGGUGGCAGAUUUCUGUGUAAGAGCUGCAGAAAAUGAUCAACUUCCAGUGAACAUGAGAUGAUAUUAAGGAGCUGCCUUGAUUCUCUUGCAAGUUUGCUAAUGAUGCACACUUUAGUUUGAAGAUGAAUGUGCUGUUACAGGAAUCAGUGACAUUCCAGGAUGUGGCUGUGGAUUUCACCGCAGAGGAGUGGCAGCUGCUUGAUUGUACUGAGAGAACCUUGUAUUGGGAUGUGAUGUUGGAGAACUAUAGAAACCUCAUCUCAGUGGCAGGAUGUCCAAUUAACAAAACAAAAGUGAUCCUCAAGGUAGAGCAAGGACCGGAGCCUUGGAUGGUGGAGGGAGUGAACCCACAUCAGAGCUCUCCAGAAUCUGACUGCCCACUUGAUGAACCAGGGAAGCAUCAGGAAAGCAAAGACAAUUUUUUGGAGUCAGUUUUGCUCACAUUCAAUAAAAUUCUGACUAUGGAGAGAAUCCACCAUUAUAAUCUGAGCACAAGUCUUAAUCCAAUGAGAAAAAAAUCAUAUAAAUCAUUUGAGAAGUGUUUGCCACCUCAUUUAGACUUACUUAAUUACAAUAGAAUUUAUACUGGAGAAAACGCUUAUGAAUGCAGUGAAUGCGGCAAAGCCUUCAAAAGGAAGUUUCAUUUCAUUAGACAUGAAAAAAAUCAUACAAGGAGAAAACCUUUUGAAUGCAAUGACUGUGGAAAAGCCUAUAGCAGGAAGGCACACCUUGUAACUCAUCAGAAAAUUCAUAAUGGAGAGAGACCCUUUGUGUGCAAUGAUUGUGGGAAGGCGUUUAUGCAUAAAGCCCAACUCGUAGUCCACCAGAGACUUCACACUGGAGAGAAGCCUUAUGAGUGCAGUCAAUGUGGGAAAACAUUCACUUGGAACUCCUCAUUUAAUCAGCACGUGAAAUCUCAUACACUUGAGAAGUCAUUUGAAUGUAAGGAAUGUGGGAAAACCUUCAGGUAUAGUUCAUCCCUUUAUAAACAUUCCAGAUUUCAUACAGGAGAGAAACCCUACCAAUGUAUCAUAUGUGGCAAAGCUUUUGGCAACACAUCUGUGCUUGUUACACACCAAAGAAUUCAUACAGGAGAGAAGCCUUAUGGAUGUAUUGAAUGUGGCAAAGCCUUCAUCAAGAAGUCUCAUCUCCUCAGACAUCAGAUAACUCAUACAGGAGAGAAGCCCUAUGAAUGUAACAGAUGUGGGAAAGCAUUUUCCCAGAAAUCAAAUCUUAUUGUACAUCAGAAAAUUCAUACAUAAUAUUCACUUUAUGAAUAUGAGGCUUUAUUAAAUAUUUGCUAAAUCUUAUUAAAUACUAAAGAAUUCAUGGUGAGAAGUCUACAGUUUAAAUGAAUUUGGAAGAGUAGAUUCCCAUAAAAAUCAAUCAAUGCCAAUCAUGUUCUGGAAGUGAUAAUAAACUUUUUACAGAAAAUAUGACAGAAAACAACAAUAAAUAAUAGAGCAUAAAGCUUGGAAAGUAAGCAUAACUUAAAUAAUCAAAGAACCAGUGGAAACUACCUUUGCAAUUCCUGACUUUUAAUUUUUAUAAUAAAAUAAAUAUGCAAGUGUGAGUAUAAAAUAUAUGCUUAUACAUUAUAUUAAAUUAUGCCUACUAAGAGUUUCUGCAGUAAAUAACAUUUUUUUCUUCCAGUCUUGACAUGCAUAAUUAAUCAAGUGAGAAAAUGUGGUUUAAUAUGUCAUGUGAAUUUCAGUGAUAUUUUCAUCCAUUUGCUGGCACUUUUAAUGGGCGUGACAGUGUUACUGAAUCUGAGUCUCCUUUAAUUAUACAACUGAAGACUUCUUAUUAAAAUUCAUAUAAAGAUGUUUUCCUAUGUAUGUAAAUACCAGAACAAAAAAUUUAACAAGACACUAAUUGAGGAGAGAAAGGUACUUGUAUUCUGUAUUACAAUAAGUAUUCAGUUGAGGAAAAUAAUUAAAUAUGUAAAUAAUUUGCACUUCAAAUA